AUGUCCCGUUUUGCAGCAGUUACAAUACCUUUCUGGAUUCUAAGUGUAGACUAUGAGGACUACGCAUUGGCGUACAGUUGUGUUAAUAUCAACAAAGAUUACCGACAAGUCCAUAGCUGGAAACUGAGCAGAUCCAGAGUACUAUCCAGUACUGGUAACACAGCUAUCAACAACGCCAUUGCCAACAUCGACGUUAUAGACAAUAGAUACUUCGACAGCAUUGACCAAUCAGACGCAGCUUGUUUCCAUCUUCCUGACCUAGCAGCUGGUGAUGAUGUUGUCCUUCCUGGACGUUGCGACGCGUCUAUUAAAGGAAUAGAACAAUUCGAUAUUACAAAGUACGCCGGUCAGUGGCGCCUCAUUGAGAGCUACGGAUCCCGAUUCCAAAGCGGCACUUGUAACGUAGCCGACUACGUAUUACAGUCCAGCAACACUCUAAGCAUCACGAACUCGCAGGUUGUGAACGAGGUUCUGGCCACAAUUUCUGGGACUGCUACUGUUUCUAGUACAGAUGGAACUGGACAACUUACGUUUAGUAUGAGGAACCGCGAGUACAAAAUGUUCGUAUUGGCAACUGAUUACACUUCAUUUGCACUGACAUAUGGCUGUGAGGACUUAGACAACGACCGAAGAAGAAUCAGAAGUUGGAAAUUUAGUCGCUCUAACACUUUGAACGAGAAUGCAAUCAAUGAAAUAAACAAAGUCAUUGAACGUAUCGAAGUAUUGCACCAGCCCUACUACUAUCAAGUGGACCGCUCGCCUCAGGGCUGUUUCUACUUCCCUGAACCCGACUUAAGCUCCAACGUCGUGUUCCGUGGCCAGUGUGACCAGAACAUCCGCGCUGUUUCAGAUUUUGACGUCGCGAGGUAUAUGGGAAUAUGGCACGACAUUGCGUCUUACCCAUCGGCGUUCCAAGACGGCACAUGCCCCAACGCCCGGUACACUUUGACCGGCAACACUGUUUCUGUGCACAACACUCACGUCGUGGGCCAGACCUUAGUGACUAUCGACGGAGUCGCUACACUAGUAUCUACAGACGGAACCGGAAAACUUAAAGUUACAUUCAAUGUACAAAAUAACGAAGUUUCUGCCUGGAAACUAAGCAAAGAAAAGUUUUUGUCAUCUGACGAUGAAACUGCUAUUAGCAACGCCAUGGCCGACAUAAAAGUUUUGGACCAGAGAUAUUUUGUUUCACGUGACCAAAGUCCUGAAGGCUGUUUCUACUUCCCUGACCCUCAACCCGGAGUACCAGUGGUGUUCCCUGGACAGUGCGACGACAAUAUUGCAGCAGUAUCGAGCUUCGACAUUAACAACGGACGUGGCAUGAGAUCACAGCGUAUCCCAAGGACAACCAGCCGGGGCAAUGCAUCAGCCAACAGUUCACUGUUACCGGAACCAACACCAUGCGUCUCGAGUCAUUCAGUGUACUCGGACAAGUCCAAUCGACCACAGAAGGUGUCGCCACAGUCGCUUCCACUGAUGGCACUGGAAGAUUGA